AUGGCUUCAGCUCGUCAAGUCAACAUUGCCAUCAUCGGCGCCGGUGGAGUAGGAAAGUGCUUCCUCUCCCAGCUCGAGUCGCUGGCCGCUCGCCGCCAGAACCAGAAGCUGGUGCUCACCUACAUUGCCACCAGCAAGAAGGCCGUCUACAGCGACGCAUACUCGCCCAUCGCCCUCGACAGCGUCGUCUCGACCCUCUCCUCCUCGUCGCAGGCCCCCCUUGCCCUCCCUAAGCUCGUCGACUACCUCGCCGCCUCGGGCACCAAGACGGUCCUCGUCGACAACACCAGCUCCCAGGACAUCGCCGAUGCCUACCCCAGCUUCCUUCGCCGCGGCAUCAGCAUCGUGACGCCUAACAAGAAGGCCUUCUCGGGCUCGUACAAGUUGUGGCAGGACAUCUUCGCCGCCAAGGAGGAGGGUGGUUCUUUGCUGUACCAUGAGGCCUCGUGCGGUGCCGGCCUGCCCGUCAUCUCCACCAUCAAGGACCUGGUUGAGACGGGCGACGAGGUAACCAAGAUCGAGGGCGUCUUUAGCGGCACCAUGUCCUUCCUGUUCAAUUCGUUCGCUCCGACAUCGGGCUCGGGCGGCGGCAAGUGGUCCGCCGAGGUGGCCAAGGCCAAGGAGCUGGGCUACACGGAGCCCGACCCGCGCGAUGACCUCAACGGUCUCGAUGUUGCGCGCAAGCUGACCAUCCUCGCCCGCUACGCUGGCCUCGAGGUCGAGUCGCCCACGUCCUUCCCCGUGCAGAGCCUGAUCCCCAAGCAGCUCGAGUCGGUCGCCAGCGGCGACGAGUUCCUCGCCCGCCUGCCCGAGUUCGAUGCCGAGAUGGAGGAGGUCAAGGCCGAGGCGCAGAAGGAGGGCAAGGUUGUCCGCUUCGUCGGCAGCAUCGACGUGGCCAGCAAGCAGGUCAAGGUCGGGCUGGAGAAGUUUGACCUCUCUCACCCCAUCGCGGCCCUCAAGGGCAGUGACAACAUCAUUAGCUUCUACACUAAGCGGUAUGGAAGCAACCCCCUCAUCAUCCAGGGUGCCGGCGCCGGAGGUGACGUAACCGCCAUGGGCGUCACCAGCGAUCUCCUCAAGGUGCUUGCUCAGCUAUAA